AAAUCAAAAUAUAAAUUGUGGGUGAUGUUGGUGGCAUUCGUAACAAAGUCUGAAUAUUCCUUAUUGCAGCAGCCAUGAGAAUCUCUCCAGCCCUAAAUCACAUAGGGAUUGGGCCUCCCAUAACUAACCAUCACCUUCAUCAUUUCCUCUUCAAUCAAUCUGAAUAAUCAUUCCUUUUUAAACCCUAAUCUUUAUUUGUUUGUAGGGGUUUUACGUAACCACCUCCUUCGCUUGCAAGGUAUUGGUAUUGUUUCCCACGAAAUUAUUUACGCCGUUUUCUCCAUUUUGUCACACUAAACUCCUGUAAAUAUAGCAGCUGCCUUUGCUGGCAAUUAGUUUAAUACUGUAUAGUACCUGCUGCCAUUACGCUUUCUACGCCUACGACCAUCGGCGCCAAUUUAUGUAAAUUAAAGACAGACCCCUUUUUGCCAUAUUGUAAAAAUUCGCUUGCAUUCAUCCGACGGCCAACAGAGCUUGAAGCUUCUUGUACAAGAUUCCGCAGAAGGUAUUCAAUUUUGUUGGAGUAAUCUGGAUGAAAUGGAUGGUAACGGGAUUGACAAUGAUACAAAAGCUUUAGAAACUGGGGUAGAGAGAAGCCAAGAGGAGUCUAAUAGUACAAAUCAAAUUCAUGAUUGUGAUGUGACACUUACAUUGAGAGAGAGACAAGACGAGGGGGACAGUAUCGAUGGAAGUUCUAAUGACCGACCAGAUAAUCAGUAUAUGGAUGGUGAGUUUGAUUUGCCUUUGACACCUCUGGCCAACAUUCGACAAACAAAUUUGUCUCAGUCAUCAUCUGCGGUAGAGGUGUCUUCGGUGAAUGAUCUCAGUCUUAGUCCAUUGUCUCGGGUGCGCAAAGGAUUGGACCAUUGCAUUACAGCACCUGUGCAGAGAAACCUCUUCAUUGAAAAUGAAGAGCUUGCAUUCUCGCGGUCUAUGACUGAGAAGAGAAUGGCUAGUCCAUUGUCAGCUCUAAAGUUGGAUAGACUCUCAGAACGUCAGAAGAAAAAGUUAAUUGUGGAGAUAGUGAAGAUCCAACGGGAUGGAACUGUGGAGGUUGACCUCACUAAGGAUUCUCCUGUAGCUUCAGAGUUAUUAGAGCUCCAACAGUUUGAUAGAGUUCCUUCUACUAUUGAUUAUAUUGUUACCGAUCAUAAUAAAUCAGUUCCAAAACUGAAGAUUGCAGUGCUUGUAGUUGGAACAAGAGGAGAUGUACAGCCAUUCCUUGCUGUUGCAAGGAGACUUCAGGCAUAUGGUCAUCAUGUAAGGUUGGCAACUCAUUCCAAUUUCCGCGGAUUUGUAAAGUCAGCUGGGGUGGACUUUUACCCACUUGGUGGUGAUCCUCGUAUUUUGGCUGGAUAUAUGGCCAGAAACAAAGGUCUUAUUCCAUCAGCACCAGGAGAAAUUGCUAUACAACGUAAACAAAUAAAGGCCAUUAUUGAAUCUCUGCUUCCAGCCUGCACAGAACCAGAUCUUAUAACUGGCGAACCUUUUAGGGCUCAGGCAAUUAUUGCAAAUCCUCCUGCUUACGGACAUGCACAUGUGGCUGAAGCUCUUGGUGUUCCCAUGCAUAUUUUCUUCACAAUGCCAUGGACGCCUACAUAUGCAUUUCCUCACCCAUUAGCACGUGUACCUCAAAGUGCAGGAUACUGGCUCUCGUAUAUUCUUGUGGACUUACUGAUAUGGUGGGGCAUAAGAGGACUUAUUAAUGAGUUCAGGAGAAAUAAACUGAAGCUUCCUCCUAUUGCAUACUUCAGCUCAUAUCAUGGGUCGAUUUCUCAUCUACCGACAGGCUACAUGUGGAGUCCACAUGUUGUACCCAAGCCAAAUGACUGGGGGAACCAGGUUGAUGUUGUUGGUUACUGUUUUUUGAACCUUGGAUCAAAGUAUCAACCAUCUGAAGAAUUUUCUGAGUGGAUACAGAAGGGAUCUCAACCAAUUUAUAUUGGGUUUGGAAGCAUGCCUCUGGAUGAUUCAAACAAAACUACUAAGACAAUCUUGGAGGCUUUAGAGAUUACAGGGCAAAGAGGAAUAAUUGAUCGAGGCUGGGGAGACCUUGGUAAUUAUUCAAAUAUUCCCGAGAAUGUCUUCGUGAUUGUGGAUUGCCCUCAUGACUGGUUGUUUCCUCUGUGCUCUGCUGUGGUUCAUCAUGGUGGAGCUGGGACUACAGCAACUGGACUAAAAGCUGGGUGUCCAACGACCAUUGUCCCAUUCUUCGGGGAUCAGUUUUUCUGGGGUGAGGUAAUCUACCAGAAAGGACUCGGACCUGCUCCGAUUCCCAUAUCACAGCUAACUGUUGAAUCCCUCACAGAAGCUAUAAGAUUGAUGCUGCAGCCAGAGGUGAAAUCUCGAGCAAUGGAAAUAGAAGCUCGUAUAGAAAAUGAAGAUGGCGUUGGAGCUGCAGUGGAUGCUUUUCACCGUAACUUGCCAGCAGAGGUUCCAUUACCGCCGCCAUCACCGCCUCCGGAGAAGGAUGACGGCCCAAAUCCUCUACAAUGGUUCUUCACUCAGAUUGGUAGGAUCUGCUGCUUGCCUUGUGGUUCUUAGAUUUUGUUACGAUGUUUCAUUGUACAUAGGCUACUUAUUAGGUUAUUAUUCAUUUAUUUUUUUUGCGUUGGUAUUUGAUUACUAAAUCUGUGUGUUGUGAUAGCAAGAAUAUUUUCACCCUACAAUUUUUCCCUCAAGAGAUAUAGAUGUAAUUUACAUCGUUACUAAUAAUCAUAAUAUUGUACUCUAUCUUUUAUUCGAAA